UUUGUUGUUUUAUUGUAAACGUAAUAGUUAAAAUAAUCAUUCGUUUCAAUUAAACCAUCAAAUGGUGUAUAGGUAAUUCUGUUCCCGAAAGUGUGAGACUGCGUGCGAUAUGUUGCUGACGAACGGAAACUGCAGUGGGUUUGGGCGCAAACGGGCGCGAUCCGAGGACGAUGCCGAUGCGGGUUGUCCCUUCGUCAUGCAGCGCAAGAUGUUCGUCAACCAGAUUCAAAUGGACCGUCGCGACGAGCGAAAGAUGCGACAAAUCGAAGAAAAGACCGUCAACAUGCUGUUUUUGGGAGCGAAAACAUCCUCUCGCCAGCAAGGUGCGUGCCAGCGUGAGUGCCUCAGACACGUGCGACUUUUAGGUGCCGGAGAGUACGAUUUCGAUUUAGCGAAUUGCCCACAAUGGAUGGGGAAAAAGGCGGACCGGAAAUGUCGUAUCUGCGAUCGCCAAUCGGUGGUCCAUGCGGACUGCACCAACUGUAAUCUGGAGCUGUGCGAGUUUUGUGGGAUCAGCUGCCAAUACUGCCCGGAGAAGAUUUGUAUGAACUGCGUCAACUUAUUUAAUUGUCAAAACUCCGACGUUCCUUGCUGCGAGCGAUGCAAAAUUUUCAAUUAGGGCGAAGAAAUGUGAUAUCCGUACUUGUUAUUUAGGGUUAAAAUUUGUUUAGUGUGAUUGAUACGCAAUAAUAAUUAUGAAAUAAAGUUUUGAAGCAUUAUAACCAGUAAA